GUCAUUUUUUCUGAAAAAAAAGGUUAUAUAUUCAAUUAUUAAGAUGUCUGUUCAGCGUUUAUCAUCAACAUAUUCAAAUGGGGAGAAGAAUGAUAGUUUUGCCAGUAAUAAGGAGUCUAAACAAGUUCCUGAGCCGAAAAAAUAUCGUUAUUGGAGUUAUAUGGAUAUUAAGAAUAGUCAGGGUAAACCUCAAGCUAAGAUACAUUAUAUUUUAAAAUUAUCUGGAGUUCAAGAUGCUAUAUCUCUUCUUAAAGGGCCAUAUCUUGGAUUUGACAUGGAAUGGAAGCCUCAUGGAGAUUCUAAAAUUGCUGUUAUUCAAUUGAGUGAUGCGAAUUCUAUUGUAUUAUUUCAUUUAUCUCAAAUGGAUUUAGAAGGGACAUUUCCUAGUCCUCUUAAAGAUUUGCUGGAAAAUCCAUAUUUUAUAAAAUGUGGAGUUGGUGUAAGAAAUGAUGGUUAUAAGUUAUAUAAAGAUUUUGGUAUUAUUGGGACUGGAUUUUUGGAAUUAAGUCAAUUGGCAAUUACUGUUGAUAAAGAUAAAUGGGAUCCGAGUUUACGUCUUAUAGGGCUUACAAAAUUGGCAGAGGAGUAUCUUGGAAAACCUCUUUUUAAAGGCAGUGUGAGAUAUAGUAAUUGGGAAAAUGAGUUAAUUUUUAAACAAAUGCAUUAUGCUGCUACAGAUUGUUUUGCUGGACUUAAGAUAUUUGAAAGGCUUAAUGAUUUAAGACAAUCAUCUGAUGUUCCUUUAGAUAUCCCAGAACUUAUUGAUAUGCAUUUAGAUCCUUCUGUUAUUGAUGAUAUUCAAAAAAAGGAAAAAGAUAAUAUUAUUACGGCUUGAUAUAUAUAUAUAUAAAUUCUAACGAAUUUAUGGAUAAUCUAAU